AAGUUAUUCGCUGUCAAAAUAAAAGGGUUGGCAAAUGACAUUGGUAUUGGUGUAGGUUGGUCUUAUGUGUUUAUCAUUUAACAAUUAUUUUAAAAAAUGAUAUUUGUGCACCUCGUAAUAGGUACACUGGUUCGUUGAAGUAUUUGUAAAACAGAGCUCAAGAUGCUAGCGUCGUAAACUGGCAGUGAAGUGCAACUGGAAACAUGAAUACGUGAUACACCUGCCAUAAGCACACAUCUAGAUCGAUACUUGUAAUGAUAGCAACCCAUCAGGUAAUGCGUUUUUCAUUUUACAAUGCUUGAUCAUCUUUUUUCGACAUGGAUGUGGUUUGGAUCAAACCGGCCAGGAUAUUGUAGUGGAACAUUAUUAAUAGUCAUAUUAAUUUUGUCGACUUGGCUCUGUGGUAUUCACGCCAGUUUAAGUUUAGGACCAGGUGGGGAAUUUCCUGGAUUUUAUGAUUUUAUCUUUUACGUCUUCAGUAAUGAGGAGUUGGCCUCAUUUCUCUACAACAUCACCCUGCUGCUGUGGAUCGGACCCUGUCAGGAGAGAAGAUGGGGCACUUUUGUCUUCCUAGCUCUCUCCUUUAUAUCCACUGUGCUCCUUCCACCUAUUUAUGCUCUAUUUCUCUUUGUUACCGGGGAUGAAGCCAGCAGGGUUAGUGGAUACUCAGCAACCCACCUUGCCCUGCUCACAGCUCAGUGUCGGCAGGUGAAGCAGAGAAGGGUCCUGCGCUUUGUUCCUGUCUGGUUCUUGCCUUGGCUCGUCUUGCUCCUCAACCUCUUUCUGCUUCCCAGUGCUCCAGGCCUGCUGCAUUUUUAUGCCAUUUGCCUGGGACUCAACUACAAUAAUGAGUUUAUUGAAAUACUGGAGCAGAUAGAGAGACUGGGUGCAUGUGCCUGCUUGCCAAAAUGGGCCUACAUCCCUGUUACCUCUCAUCCACACUUGCCAGUUUACCACAACACCUCAAUAAGACCAGAGCCUUCAACCAGUAGAUCCCAGUUGGAAGAUCAUUCGGCAUGGCAGCAUUCUGUGUCACAGUGGCAUCAGGAGCCUUUGUUGGCAACAGAUUCACAGUUGUUAGAGGAGCAGAUGCUGAGAGCAGGGAUAUUAGCAUCACUCCACGACGCACCUGAGGGUGCAGCGGACAAAGUGGAAGUACCCAAGUCCUCAGUCUCCUCAUUACGGUUGCAACAACUGGAGAAGAUGGGUUUCCCCACAGAGAAAGCUGUUGUGGCUCUGGCCGCUACAGGGCAGUUGGAUGGAGCGAUCUCUCUGCUAAUUGAUGAUCAGAUUGGGGAGGAGGCUGUGGUCAUUUCUAAAGGGAAGAAGUCAUCAUCAACGUCAUAGCUCAGGGAUACUGUUUCAAAUUGAAGCUGUCCUAUAGCAUUGCCCUAUGUCAUUCCAUUACUUAAGCAAAGCAUCGAUCUUCAGGGUGAACUGUUACUUUGUAUUUACUGAUUCAUGACUUUUGGGUGUGCAGGAAAAAAAAACAGUGGAUUAUGGGUGGUUUGGAAAAUUUAUUAUUUAUAUUAUGGUGUUGGCAGCUUUUACGAUUAAAGUCAAGUAAUGGAAACACAUACUCUCAAACUAUCCAAGUGGAUGAGACGUUUCAAGAUACUUCUCCACGGACACGGUGUCAUUAAAUCCACAUUAUUAGAUUGUAAGGCCAGGAGAGUCAUGUGCAUAUGUCAGUAUUUAAGUCCUAUUUUGGUCAAGGUUUUCUGGCUACAGAGUAUUCUUCAUUAAAAUAUUUCCAAACAUUCA